AUGGCGAUCGAGGCAAAGAAGACUGCCACCGCUGACGUGCAACACGUCAUGGCCGAGUUCCCCGUCCGGCGCCAGAUCGUCUGGCGUAAGAACCGAGAGACCGAUCUCUCGAAGCAUGGUUCGUACGGCAUUGCCGUGGAGGUGCAGGCGCGUGGCAACGACAAUGCCACACCUUGCAACUCUUGCGCUCGUGGCGCUGGUCCGUUCGAGACUGGCUGUGUCUCCUUCUCCUCCGGCUAUGGGCCGGGAAACAAGGUUCCGUUCGGUGGCGCAUGCGCCAACUGCUUCUGGGGUGGCCAGGGCGGUCGCUGCACUUUGCGCGUUGGUGGUGCCCGCACCCGUGUUCGUUCGGGAUCCUUGUAUCAAGACAAGGCCCGUACGAACACCCAUCUCGGGUCAGGUUUCGACCUGAACACCACCGACGGUGUGCGGGAUGCUCUGGCGGAGCUUCGUGGGAUGGAGCGUGCCCUCUCUGCGCGUGGCAGGGCUUUGGAGGGGGGUGCGACAGUGGAGGAUGUUUUGUCCGAGGACGACGUGGAGAGUGAGGGUGAGGGUGAGGGGUCGACUUGGGAGGGAUUCGAGUAG